AUGAAAGCUGUAAAAUCCUGUCUGGUCUGUUUAAUUUCUUACUGUGAGAAUCAUCUAAAGCCUCAUUAUCAAUUAACUGCUUUUAAAAAACACAAGCUGGUGAAUCCUUCCAAAAACCUCCAGGAGAACAUCUGCUCUUGUCAUGAUGAGGUGAUGAAGAUCUUCUGUCGUACUGAUCAGCAGUGUAUCUGUUAUCUCUGCACUAUGGAUGAACAUAAAGGCCAUGAAACAGUCCCAGCAGCAACAGAAAGAGCUGAGAAACAGAAGAAGCUCCAGGAGAGUCGACAACAAAUCCAUCAGAGAAUCCAGGACCAAGAGAAAGAUGUGAAGCUGCUUCAACAGGAGGUGGAGGCCAUCAAUGUCUCUGCUGAUAAAGCAGUGGAGGACAGUGAGAAGAUCUUCACUGAUCUGAUCUGUCUCCUCCAGAAAAGAAGCUCUGAUGUGAAGCAGCAGAUCAGAUCCCAGCAGGAAACUGAAGUGAGUCGAGUCAAAGAUGUUCAGGAGAAGCUGGAGCAGGAGAUCACUGAGCUGAAGAGGAAAGACGCUGAGCUGGAGCAGCUCUCACACACAGAGGAUCACAACCAGUUUCUCCUCAACUACCCCUCACUGCCAGCACUCAGUGAGUCUACACACUCAUCCAGCAUCAACAUCCGUCCUCUGAGACACUUUGAGGACGUGACAGCAGCUGUGUCAGAGCUCAGAGACAAACUACAGGUCAUCCUGAGAGACUCAUGGACAAACAUCGAACUGAAGCUCACUGAGGUGGAUGUUCAACCAUCAGAACCAGAACCAAAGACCAGAGAUGGAUUCUUGAAACUUUUAAAAAUUAUCACUCUGGAUCCAAACACCCUAAACAGAUUUCUAAUUUUAUCUGAGGGGAAUAGAAAGGUAACAUUUGCGAACCAUAAACAGUCUUAUCCUGAUCAUCCAGACAGAUUUGAUGGUUUUUGUUAUCAGGUUCUCAGUACAGAGAGUCUGACUGGACGUUGUUACUGGGAGGUGGAGUGGAGAGGAGGAGGAUCUGUAGCCGUUUCAUACAAGAACAUCAGCAGAACAGAAAGACUAGGAUCCAAUGACAAAUCCUGGUCAUUAUAUUGUGACACAAACAGUUACACAUUUUAUCACAACAACAUUAAAACUCCACUAGAACGUCCAGUUUCCUCCAGAAUAGGAGUGUACCUGGAUCAUAUAAAAGGUAUUCUGUGUUUCUACAGCGUCUCUAAAACUAUGACUCUGAUCCACAGAGUCCAGACCAGAUUCACUCAGCCUCUACAUGCUGGGAUUAGACUUUACUUCUCAUUUUCCUGUCCUGAUGGAUCCUCUGCUGAGUUCAUUAACCCAGAAUAAUCAGCACUGAUUUGAAGUCCAAUUGGUUAAAAUGUGUAUUUUAGUUUCCAUUAUUGUUUUGGAGAGAUCAUUGUAAUGAAGACUGAAGCUGGUUCAGUUGUGGAUAAACAAUCACUCCAGGGUGUCGGGUUAGAACAGCUGAGAUAUAUGUUCAGGUGAGUUAGUGAAAGAAGAGAAUGUCCGAGUCCAGAAUUGAGCUUUACUUGUUUUUAAUUAGCUCUGGAGGUUCAGCCAUGCAUACAAGGGCACGUGUGUGUGUGUGUGUGUGUGUGUGGUUUCCUAUAAAGAUAAACAAAUACAAAUUAUGAGAAUUUAUCUGUAAACCCUUUCACAAAUAAACCUAAUUUCCACAAAUGAAUAAAUGUGUUAAUGUCUGACUAUGAGAAUGUAAAUAAUAAUUAUACAUACAUAGUAAUAAUAAACCCUGCAAAUAAUAGUGUCACACGAUAAACAUACAAGAGAAAUAAGGCAUUUCAAUUGCAAAUGGUAACACAAAUAACAGCUGCAACUAAUUAACCGAGCUUAAUAGCUUAAUGCUAAACGGCUAACUUUAGCUCUCAACAAUACAAAUAAAAUACAGCAAACGACCAUAAUAUUCAACGGAACAAAGCACAACUACAGCUCUUAGACAUUUAGACAACCGAACUAAAUCAACAACAGUAUUACUUACAUUCAAUGGACGCAGACAAUAGAAAGAGGUUAUGAACGAAGUCAGCCUUGAGAACCGCAUCACUCUACUCAGAUCCAUAAACAAGAUGCAACAAAUAUGAACAUGAAGCCACCCAGUGGCUGAAAUAAAUUACUGCAUCUAAAAUACUUUGAUGAAGAAAACCUAAACUAGAGGGCUGAAAACAAAUAAUUAACAGUCUUUUGUACAAUCAUUGUUGUCAUGUCUUCAGUGUCCAGAGACCAGCUGUCUUUAUGGAGCUACUUUUUCAUCUUGUUUGUUGUUUUGUUGGAGUUUGUUUGGGUGCUGCCCCUCCCUGUUUCUGAUCAGCAAUGGAGGCAAUCACUGCUCAGGAAGAUUUUAUUCAACUAAACUAAUUACAUUUAUUGCUGUGUCACACUGAACGUGACAAAGCAACAAAUGUUGAUGACAAAUGUUGUUGUAAACUGUGAUUAUCAUCAUCAUUAAUCAUCAAAUAAGGACAUCAGUCAUUUAUUGGACAAAGAUCAGAUUCUGGAUCAAACUGUGUCAAUAGUCGUCUUGUGACUCAGAUUGUAAGCUCUAUUUAGUUUUAGACAAAUAUCUAAAUAAAGUUGAUUCCUUGUUUGAAUAUAAAAUGACUCUGUCUUAUUUUGUAUUUUGUUUGUGUUUUAUUUUAUUGCCUGUCAGUAACAUUUCCAAAUAUAAGAAACUGCUGGUUUUCAGAAUAAAGUGAGUAAUCAGA